AUUGCAUACGUAAUGGUUGUGUCAUGCCUGUUCUCUGGAAGUUCACCAAUGUCAAGUUAACUAAAGAUCCUGAAUAUACUGAUUUAAGUUUAUUGGAAAUUCAGCACAAUCAAUGAUUCAGCGAAAAAAGUGGAGGCUAUAUUUGAAUAAACAUUGCUAAAUUAAUUUAAUGUUGUAAAUUAGGACAUCCUUAGAGCUCAGUGCAUAGCCAUAGCUGACAGUCAUAGCAUAUGUUUACACUUCACAUAAUGGCAUGAUAAUGAUGAGGUUACAGUCAAUUUGAUGCUUGUGGAUUUUCUAAUUUCUCACAACUUUAUUUGCAGCCAUGUACCCAUGCAUCAGUCGCAAAUGUGUACUCAGCUAUUCAGCAUUUUUAAGUCAUCUUACAAGAACCUGUAUGACAAAAUGUAACAAAGCCAAUCCAACACAAUCUACAUUUACUAAAUACAGUAACACCAGAAAGUUCUCCAUUACAUCAGCUAGACUCCGCAGAAAUAAAGACUUGACAGAGCAAUCACCUAAACAGAAUAAAAAAAAAGAUGGAUUUAAAUUUUCUGAAUUAAGAAGACUUCUUAACGUAGCAUAUGAAGAUAAAUGGAAAAUUGGAGGAGCUAUCAGUCUGCUGUGUGUAUCAAGUGCAGUGGCUUUGUCAGUUCCCUACUGGAUGGGAAGGAUUAUUGAUGUCAUCAACCAGUCUGCACAUGAUGGUACUCUAAUGGAGAAGCUGAAAACAAUAUGUUCUUUUCUGAUGCUCGUCUUUGCUCUGGGAGCGCUUGCAAACUGUGGACGAGUCUACCUCAUGGAUAUAGCUUGUCAACGAGUUGGCUUUCGUAUUCGAGAAAAGUUGUUUGCGUCAAUCAUGAAACAAGAUGUAGCAUUCUUUGACAAAACUAAGACUGGAGAAUUGAUUAGUCGCCUUUCAUCUGACGCCGACAAGGUGGGGAAUGCUGUGACGUUUAGCAUCUCAGAUGGACUUCGUGCUUUGGCCCAGGGUCUGGGGUCUUCUGGAAUGAUGAUUUAUACAUCGCCCAAACUUGCCCUUGUAUCCUUGUGUAUAGUUCCACCUGUCAUAAUCCUGUCUAAGAAAUUCGGUGCUUAUUUAAAGAAGAUCAACAGAAAUAUACAGGACUCAUUGGCAGGAGCCAACUCUGUAGCGGAAGAGAAGAUCAGCAACAUUCGCACUGUGCGUGUGUUCACCAAGGAGAAAUUGGAAGUGGACACAUACAAGUCUGCUCUCUUCAAGGUUUUGGCCCUUGGGUACCAGCAGUCAUUUACCUCAGGACUAUUUUGGGGCAUGAAUCAAUUUGCUGGCAAUAUGAUCAUCCUGACUGUGUUUUACGGGGGCGGGUACCUGAUGAAUGAGUCCAUGAUCACCAUUGGAGAGCUGUCAGCCUUCCUCAUGUACGCAGCCUACAUCGGUGUCUCAAUAAACGGGUUGAGUGGCACAUUGUCAGAUAUCAGUAUCAGUCUAGGAGCCAGCACCAGGGUUUGGGAACUCAUUGAUAGGCAGCCAACCAUUCCUGUCUCUGGAGGACUAAUUCCAGCAUAUCCGUUUGUUGGCAGGAUCGACUUUCAGGAUGUGUUCUUCACAUAUCCCGCCAGACAGGAUGCCACCAUAUUGUCCCGAAUGAACCUGAUCAUGCCUGCGGGGAGUGUCACUGCAGUCGUCGGCGCUAGCGGCUCAGGAAAGACCACUAUUGGGAACCUCCUCUUGAGGCUUUAUGAUCCAGAUCAAGGAAGCAUAUUACUGGAUGGUGAAAAUAUCAAAAACUUGGACCCAGAAUGGUUACGAAACCAAAUUGGUGUCGUCAGUCAGGAGCCAGCCCUGUUCAACUGUUCGAUAGCUGACAAUAUAAAGUAUGGGGCAAAUGACCCUUCCAAGGUUACUAUGGAGAUGGUUGAAGAGGCAGCGCGGGAAGCAUUUGCUGACAUUUUUAUAAAGAAUUUCCCACAGAAAUAUGACACAAUUGUGGGAGAAAAAGGUCUUAUGUUAUCAGGUGGCCAGAAGCAAAGAAUUGCAUUGGCUAGAGCCAUUAUUAAGAAUCCAAAGAUAUUGCUACUAGACGAGGCAACAAGUGCUUUAGAUUCUGAGAGCGAGUUUUUUGUGAAGCAGGCAUUGCAGCGCCUCAUGGUUGGUCGAACUGUUGUAGUUAUCGCUCACCGUCUCUCAACGAUACGAAGCGCCGACCAGAUAGCCGUGCUGAAUAACGGUCUCGUGGAAGAGCUGGGAAAAUACAGUGAACUCACCGCGAUGGAGGGUGGAAUAUUUCGGAAACUGGUGGAAAAGCAGACGAUAACGUUUUGAUUUGAAUAUUGAUAGUCUUCCAGGUCUCUAGGUGUAGAAAAGGAAAAAAAUAUAAGGAUUAUAGACAAUUAUGGUACAAUGAAUGAGUUUCACAUUCCAAAUUUUAGUGGUUAUCACAACACAAUAAUUUAUCUAUGAAAAAAAAUUGCUGUUCUUUAUUUGGUUUCUUCUGUCUGGAUUUAUGAAGUGGGCUAUUUAUGUUAAUUAUGUAUAAAUAUUCACUGAAUUUACUUCUUAAACAACUUAACCAGUACAUAAAACACUAUGAAAAAUGUCAGCCAACUUGGUGCCAAACCUUGCUUAAUAAUUAUAAGUGUCCUCAUAAUCUAGUUUUACACACGAUCACUUUGUGACAAGAUGAUUUUUAAAUGUUUUUUUUACAAUUUACAAAGUCAUUAUAUCCAUAUCAAUUUGUUAAAUAACAUGGCUGUCGGUAUUUGUUAUCGUUAAAUAUAUUUUGUAUUAUUUAAGAAUUGUAUAGCAUUUUUCUGCACUUCAUCGGUGUAUGAACUGUCGGAAAAUUACGCCUAAUUUGCAUAAACGCCAUUAGGUGUAUUUUUCCCGACAGUUCAUUCACUGAUGAAAUGCAGAAAAAUGCUAUUCAAUUCUUAUAAUUACAACACAAAAUCAUCUUUAAUCAUCUUUAAGCUGAAAUUCUAUCGUGGUAAGGGUCAUACAAGUCCUUAAUCUAGCGAAGGAAUCUAUUUCCAGUUUCGGUUUCAUCUCCGUGAAAUGGGUAUAUCGUUGAAGUUCGCGCAAGAAAUAAAACGUCAUUUCGCUAUUGACCAAUACAAAACAACGCCAUUAAGUUUCGCGCAAAACAUAACGUCAUUUUGGCAACUUGUUUAUGACCAGAAAGUAGCGCCAUGAAUGUUCAUGUUUAAAUUUGCAUACAAAGUGGGUUCAUCGGAAAAUGAAAAACAGGUCACGUGAACAAAUUAUCCUAUCAGAACGCAGCAUUCAUAUGAAAGUGACAGAAGUUGUAAUUAUAAGCUAAUAAUUUAAAGCAAAACUAAAUAAACAAUAUUAAGGUACAUCAAUUUUCAAACUUUAAAUUCACAAAUUAAACAAAGUUGUGUGGUUUUAGUGAAUAUUUUGUCUACUGAAUAAUACCAUGCCUCCUGUGCAAUCUCAGCUUCAACAUCACCAGCCUAGUUCUUGAUUCAAUAUAUCAAUGGAGGCAGCUCCUACAGAAUUUGAUAUCUGGAAUGUAAAUGUGGUCUAUGAUUAGAUUUCCCCUUGUAAAAUAUUCCUUGUAACGCGAUUGUUAAUUCUUGGAAAAGAUGAAUGGAAAUUGUAAAUAAGUACAUAUUGGGUAAAUAUGCUUGUUGAUAAUAUUAGCAAUAUGUCAUGUUGAAAAGUCUGUAAGUCCCAAAAAACACUGAGCUAAGGGUGUUUGCUCUUUUAAAAGCUUGAAGUUUUGGAUUGGUUACUUUUUUUUCAGAUAUUGAAAAAUGAUAUAAUAAUUUAAUGUCAGGGUGCUAAAAAGGUUUAAUAAAAUUUUGCAUUUGUUUUGUAUGGUUCAGUUCGUUGCCAGUGUUUUAUAAUAUAUAACUACAAAUACACAUUUUAAAAACA